UUUUUUUUCGUCCACAAAUUCUUGUAAUGUCUCCUCCUCCUGUUGCUUCUGGAAAAUCAGAAUCUGGUUUAGCACGUUUUGCAGGUAGUGCCAGUUCUGGUGUCCUUGAAUUAAUCAUUUUUCACCCUGUGGACACAGUGGCUAAACGUUUAAUGAGUAACCAAACAAAAAUUUGGUCUUCUGCUCGUACUUUUGGUGAAAAUAAGACUAUUAUUGAUCAAAUUAUUUUCAAGGAAGCAGCCAAUGCAGGAUUCUUAAAGAAAUAUGCAUCUCUUUUCCCAGGUCUUGGUUUUGCAGCAGGAUAUAAAGUCGCCCAAAGAGUUUAUAAAUUUGGUGGUCAACCUUUUGUUAAAGAUUAUUUGAAUCAACAUCACAAAGAUCUAUUUGUGAAUGCAUUUGGUGAGAAGACAGGUAAAACAAUGAUGCAUGCUACAGCAGGCAGUUUGGUCGGCAUUGGUGAAAUUGCAUUAUUGCCAUUAGAUGUUUUAAAGAUCAAGCGACAAACGAAUCCCGACGCAUUCCGUGGUCGUGGUUUCUUAAAGAUUGUAAAAGAUGAAGGUAUGGGUUUAUAUCGUGGUGCUGGUUGGACAGCAGCUCGUAAUGCCCCUGGUUCUUUUGCUCUCUUUGGUGGUUCUGCUUUUGUAAAAGAAUAUUUAUUUAGCUUAAGCGAUUACAGUCAAGCUACUUUCUUUCAAAACUUUUGUGCCUCUAUUGGUGGUGCUGUGGCUUCGAUUACGGUGGCUGCUCCUUUAGAUGUCGUAAAGACACGUAUUCAGAAUCGUAACUUUGAAAACCCUGAGUCUGGAUUCAAGAUUGUAAAGGAUCUUAUCAAGUAUGAAGGAUUCGGUGGCUUCUUUAAGGGUUUAACUCCCAAAAUCUUGGUGGUUGGUCCCAAGUUGAUUUUCAGUUUUACUGUUGCUCAACAAUUGAUUCCUGUCUUCCAUAAACUAUUUAACGGCAAAUAAAAAUUUGCAUUUGUAUGUAUCUCUUCUAUGUCAUCUCCUUUGUAGUAUAUGCAUGCACAUAUUAUUAGAUAAUAAUAAGUUUUCUUUUUUAUAACAAAAUAAAAAUAUCAAUUUUUGAUUGGUUUAAAUAACGUA